CGCCACCCAACUGAGUUAACAUCUCCCACGGCAUAUACCGAACUAGUAGGUUGUCCGGGAGAUGAGCGCUCGCUUUGGGUUUACAACUCCGAUUAAAAUCAAUAACGUCGCGUCAACAAUCAUAAACAUCGCCAACGCGCUCUUUUCCACACGAUUGCCACUCACUGCACAUAUCCUUACUAUUCCCAUCAUGUCUACCGAACCUAGUUCACCGGCAAAAAAAGACGCGACGACAGUCAUAAAGUCUCCCGACUCAAAGGGAAAAAGUAAAGCAAAGGUUCCCGCAGAGGACGUGUCUAUGGAAGAGGAAGAGGAGGAGGAAGAAGAAGAAGACGAAGAAGAAGGUGACGAGGAAAUGGAAGAGGAGGAAGAGGAAGAUGACCACGAGGAAAUUGACCCCAGCGCUAUUCUUCCUCGCCGCACCCGGGGCGCACGCGUUGACUAUACAUCCGAGGAAGCCCUCAAAAGGGCCGGCCUCACAAAGGAUGACCACGACGAUGACGACGACGAAGGCAUGGAACAUUAAGUGUCUCACGUCAAAUUACUUUAAUAUUCUUAUCGCUUUCCUAUCGUCUUGGUCAAUUAUUCAGCAAGGGGUGUGUAAUAUUGACAGUAGAGGUACUCAUACCUUCACAUCGUUUCGUCUUGAAAAUCACAAAAUCUGGUUCUGCAUCCUUGCUUGGCACUUUGUUCGCAUGUCCGAAUCUGUUUAUCCUCGCACGUUGCCUCGUUUCAGUCACGCGCCAUCCCGAUGGCGGCCCUCCGAGUACUGCAAGUAUUUUAGAUGAUUUGAAUGUUGACACUGGAACCUGGAAUGCGCAGAAAUACUAGUAUGCAUG